AUGUAUGAGCUACGGAGUAACAUCUACAAUGAUCAGGAUACUUCAUUUACAUUUUAUGUUUUAGACACAAUGGCUACAAAUGCGCAUACCACUGCUGACAAAGCAAUCAGUAAAAGUUUUGGAUCAAUAUCACCAGAAGAGAUACAAGAAGGGAAAGAAGUAUUUGAAACCGAUGGUGUAAAAGGGUAUGAAGCGUAUCUACAAAACAAAAUAGAUGCAUGGAAAACUAUUCCUUUAAACAUUGGCAUCGUUGGGAACGCUGGUUCCGGAAAGUCAAGCUUCAUCAAUGCCGUCAGAGAUUUAAAUGGAGAUGAUGAAGGUGCAGCAAAAGUUGGAGUUACAGAAACAACUAAGGAACCAAGAGCAUAUUCUCAUCCAAAUAAUGAGUUAAUGAAGUUUUGGGAUUUACCAGGCGCUGGAACUCCAUCAUUUCCAAAAGAAUCUUAUCUCGAACGAAUUGGUUUUGACAAAUUUGAUUUCUUUCUUAUCGUUACCCAUAAAAGGUUCACUGAAACCGAUGCCCAACUUGCGCAAGAAAUAACAAACAAGGGAAAGCAAUUCUUUUUUGUUCGAACGCAUAUUCAACAGGAUAUUGAGAAUGAUAAAAAGACUCAUCCAAAAAAGCACAAAAAAGAACAAGAAUUAGUAGAUGAAAUACUUAGAAAUUUAAAAGAAAAUCUUCGAGCUCUUUUACAAGAAGAUAAAGUCUUUCUUAUCGACAAUUACGAACGAGACAAAUUCGAUUUUAAUCGGUUGGCACAAAGUCUCAUCGAAGAUUUUCCAGAUCUUAAGCGACAAGCAUUUAUUUUUUCCAUAAACGCGUUUAGCAAACAAAUGGUAAAGGCAAAAGUUAUGGAACUUCACUCGACAAUAUGGGAAUAUAGUGUGUUGUCUGGUUUGGUGGCUACUGUUCCUUUGCCUGGUCUCUCUUUCGCCGUCGAUUUAACGUUCAUUGUUAAAUUAAGCAAGUUCUUCUUUAAUCAACUUGGUCUUGACGAAUCUUCCCUGGAGAGAACGGCCAGCCUUGCAAAUACAGAUCCAUCGACAUUGAAAACCAUUGUUAAAAAGAAUUUUGAUGUGAGCUUGUUUCUUACAUCACAAGGGAUCAAGGAAUUUCUGGUUACCAUCCCAGCUGCAAUACUUUCAGAGGCAGCCGAAGAAUAUUUGCGUUUGCUUCCUGGUAUUGGCUCUUUGAUUGCAGCACCAAUCUCAGCUGGUACUACUUAUUACAUUCUCGACCAGAUCUUGAAGAAAAUGGAGGAAGUCGCCUUACUAGUUCUAGAAACGACUACUCAGGAAGUUUCCACCGAUGCGGCAGAUGAAGAACAAAACUAA